AAGACAGUAAACAUUAAGAAUAGAGACAGAAUUUAAGAAAUAACACUUUUGUUAAUAUACGGCUUAAAAUAAUAGAUACUGGUGGUUUAAACAGCUGAAGUUUGCCGCACGGUAGACCUCUAAAGAUAAUCAUAGUGGUUUAAAUGAAUGUCUUCCUGUGUUCAUGAACCCUCGUGCAGUAGAGCAGCAUGUCAGUGGAGCGAAUGGUCGCGUGCGCGUCUGAGUAGCCUAGUGCGCGCGCGCCUGAGUGCGGUCCGUUAUUUUCCGGGUUGUGCUCAUCGCUCGCGGUAGUUGCUCUGCUUCAGCCGCCAGCUGACACUUGUACUGAGGAGAGGAGAGGUCACAUUUGACUCUCCCUCUCACUCACUCACUCUCUCCCUCUCCCUCUCUCUUGUCUCGGAGUCUGUCUGUCUGUUAGAGAGGCUGCUAACUAGCGCAGAAUCAUCAUCUUCAUCAUCAUGGCGGAUCAAGGCGAAUCUGCGGCUCCGGUCCACCACCCGCAACCAGCGCUGACAACCAGCUGGCCAAUUACCAGGGAGUCGUACGAGCUGCAGGAAGUCAUAGGUUAGUAGCCGGAGAUGUGAUGACCGCUACAUAUUAACAUGAAGAGGCAUGCGGUGGAGGGUUAGGAUCAGUGAAUGACGAUGAAGGCCUACCGGCUUUUUCUUAUUCAGUAGCCUGCCUCCUGCAACGUUUGGCAAUGCGGAUGUUGAGUGGCACAUUUAGGGAAACUACCGGUCUCUUUCUGUGACUCAAACGAAGCAGGUUACAACCUAUGGUUACGGUGUAAAUGUCACUUUCCUGAAGUACGAGUUUAUUUGCUCCUCCGGUAAUUACAGUCUUACUACAGCUGUGCACGUGCCCAGCCUAUUAACCGUCAAUAAAAUCACAGUUGCCAUGUAAACCGGCUCCUUGUCAGUCAAGUCAUCCAUGUUGGUAUGUAAACAUAAUAAAAUGUCAGAAUUGAAAAUGUGACUCAAACUUAAAAAUCAUAAUAAUGCAACACAAAUGUUACGCACAGUGGUCUAUUCUCAAUUAUAUAGCAGCUGAGGUCAGAGAGCCCUAAACUGUUCAUUUUAACAUUAGUACAACUUUACUAUCAGAGCAUUUACUACUAGUUCUAUAGAUAGGAAUAAUGCUUAAUAAUUCAGUCAAUGACAUUUCAAAGAAGGGGCCAUCAAUAUUUUUUCUUCUUUCUUUUUCUUUCUUUUCCAUUUAUUCCUCUUUUUUUACUUUUACAAAAAUGCAAAUUUCCAUAAAAAUGUGCCUUUAAUGUUAAUUACCAUCAAACAGGCCAUAUAGCUACUGUUGGUUGUCUCUCAACAAGCUAUUGUUUACAUAUAUCUAUAUAUCUAUAUCUUUAUAUAUUUGUAUUUAUCUAUAUAAUAGAAAACUGAAAUGUCUAGGCUUCAUAUAGGAUUUUUCCUUUGCUUGAAGAAAAUUGUGUGUACCUGUUUUGACCUUAAGGACUUCAGCUCCUCUAACUCUGUAGUUUUUUGUAGACUUUUCAUAACUCUGAAACUGUGAAAUUAUGCUCAGUAUUCAGUUUCAGUGCUCCCAACAUUUAUCUUUAGAAAUAGGACUGAAAGUGACAAUAAUAAAAACCUCUAAUGGAGUGAAAAAGAACCAAAGGAAGUUGCUGAAAUAUUUUUGGCAAGUGCAUGCACUGCGCAGAUGAGCUGACAAGUCGUAUCAUCACUGAUAAGAAAUAGCACCACAGCUGUUAGCUACUGACUGUGAUGAGUAAGGGAGACCCCCCUCUCUGUUCGUGUAAUCAAAUAGCGAACAGUCACAUAUCUUUCGUUUUCUCUUUCAACUUAUCUGCUGCUAGCAGUUGGCCAACAGUAUGCUGUGUGUCACAGCUUCUAGGUGUGAACAAAUUCACUACUCCAGGGUGGCUUGAUUUGUAAUGAGCCGAGUAAACAACACAUCACGCUGGUGGAAAAGAAUAAAAAAAGAGGCUGUUCUCAAAGUCAGUUUGUGUUAUUGUGUGUGUCUAAUGUUUCAGCCAGCAGACACAGAGGGUGAAUAUCACAACAAACACAAAAACUAAGGAGCAGAUGCAUACCGUGACCCCAUGAAGAGUUUUUUUUUCUGUCUGUGUGUGUCCCUCUCUGCUCCUGUGCACUUUGUCAUUUCUCUGUUAUGGCUGUGAUUCCAGGCAGCGGGGCCACAGCUGUGGUGCAGGCAGCCCUCUGUACCCCCAGACAGGAGCGCGUCGCCAUAAAGAGAAUAAACCUGGAGAAAUGCCAGACCAGCAUGGAUGAGCUAUUGGUGAGAACAAUAAAUAUGGGCUUAUUUUGCUCAGCGUUCACAGAGUUAUUUUGUAGCAGUAUCUGUAGUGCUGUACUUGUAAUUUCCCUUUGAGUCAUAUUAAACUAUGCGCUCUGGAGGAGCCUACUGAUUUUCAAUAAUGUACCAGGCAGUUUUAAUAAUAUUGUGAUUUUACUACACUUUGUGAAAGAUUAUUACAGAGUAAAUACAAACGCAGUUUAUUGAAUAGCAGUUUAAGUUGUCUUACUUGUUGUUUCUCUCUCUCAAUAGAAAGAAAUCCAAGCGAUGAGCCAGUGCAACCAUCCCAAUGUUGUCACCUACUAUACCUCCUUUGUGGUGAAGGAUGAACUUUGGUUAGUCAUGAAGCUUCUGAGUGGAGGUGAGCUUCAUGUACUGAAAUUCUACCUUCUUUGUUUUUUUUGGUACACGAGUGCUGAGAAGUUGUGAUGAUGUGAGGUACCUGGGUUGUACUGAGGACAAGUGACAGUCCCAGGAAUUAAUUUGUCCAAUAUACAUGAAGCUGGAUUUACUAGUAGGCAUCUUGAGAUACAUAAUGAUCUAGUAUUAAUAUGUGUUUUUUACUAUUUUACUAUUUUUCUAUUGAUUACAUUAAUAACCAUCAUAUUAUUUAAGCGGCUGUAGCAAUAAAACCGUCAUUAUGCAUUUCAGCACAGUAUUAUUGGGCAGGUCUAUUACACAAUACAGAAGCAGCUGCACACCGAUGAUAAAUAACACCUGUGGUCCGAUGAUGUCCCUUUGCACAUCCUUUACAUCUAUUACCUUGUCACUGAACUAAGGGACUCUAAUGUACUGCCGGCUCUGUUCAACUCUUUUGAGGGUAAUAAGCAAUUAACAAACACUGAAAUGAUGUGUCUCAAAUAUUGAUCGUGUGAUGCCUCUGUGUGGAACGCUGCUGCUCUUCUGUGCUCCUCAUUAGUAUGUGAAAAAUGUAUUUAAAAGUAACUCUGCUGUGUCUUUUUAGGCUCCAUGCUGGAUAUAAUAAAGCACACAGACAAAGAAGAUGACAAAAAUCGAGCGCUAGAUGAGCCUAUUAUUGCUACUAUUCUAAAAGAAGUCCUAGAGGGGCUGGACUAUCUGCACAGAAAUGGACAGAUUCACAGGUAAUACUUUAAACACUUGGACUUGCUGAUUACUUUUUCUGAAGUGUGCGGUUUGUAUCAAUUGCAUGAACAAGGCCUUUUAAGGGCUGUUUGGGGAGUUAAAUCAUAAGUUGCUUCAGGAAAUGGAGAUAAAAAUCGUUAUGUAACUUUAUUCAUGAGCUGUAUAUUAGUUGUGUUCAGGUUUUCAAGGUCGCUGGGAGGCGGGUUUAAAUCCCUGUCAGCCCCUUGGGCAGGGUGCCAGAUGGUGGUGGUCUGCUGGACUCAUUUAUGGACGGAAGAAUCAAUGCUGCCCCACAUGACUUUGUUGUUUGACUGUGUUUGUUAUUUGUGACCUCAGGGAUGUGAAAGCUGGGAACAUACUACUUGGAGAAGAUGGAUCUGUUCAGAUCGCAGGUGGGCUGAAAAUACAGUGAAGACAGUCAACCACUUAUCUUUGCUCUAAUGAAACUGAAUGGCUUAAUGAAAGAACAGAUUGAGCGAGUGCAUUAAGAGGAUAAUGUACGUUUAAUCUACUGUGUUGUAGCUGAAUUAACCUGAGACCGUUUGUAUUUCCUAAGCCGGAAGCUUUGAAUGGAGAAAAAUGCAGCAAGUUAGAAACCUCCCUCUUGGCCAAAUAUUCACAAUUGUCCCCACAGUUUUUGAUCUGUCAGAAGGUUGGUUUAACUCUGAAGUUUUUAAAGGAACAGUGUGUUGUAUCUGACAACAUUCAGACAGCAUUCUACAAUGGGUUCAACCAGAUGCACCUGAUGGAGGAGGAAGAAGAUAAAGACAGUUGUUGCUGUGCUCAAACAAAUUUCUAUUAAAAGAAGUUUCUGAUGGUAAAACUUGACAAAUGUAGACUCAGAGCAGUAUCAAAGGAGCGAGGGGAAGGGUGGGCAAGGGGUGUUUUAAUCCAAGAAUCUUACUGCUAGAAAUUGCUGCGUAUUUCUAUUUCUACUUACUGUACUUUAAAAAGGCUUACUUGAAAAGAUGUUUGUGUUUUGCUUCUAACUUUAUAGAUUUCGGUGUGAGUGCAUUCCUAGCCACAGGAGGGGAUAUGACAAGAAACAAAGUACGAAAAACCUUUGUGGGCACGCCAUGCUGGAUGGCGCCAGAAGUGAUGGAGCAAGUAAGUCCAUCUUUGCACGAAGGCUGCAGCUGCUUGGAACACCAAGUUUAUUAAAUUUAAUCCUGAAUUAAUUUUAACAUCUGCUCCUGUUAAUCUUUGUAUUAAUCCAUCACCAUAAACAGAUUUAUUUUUGUCAUGUUAUCCUUCGGAGUCAUGACAGUACAAAAAGCUGUUAUUUCACACCCACAGGUUCGAGGCUAUGAUUUCAAAGCAGAUAUAUGGAGUUUUGGAAUUACAGCCAUAGAGUUAGCUACAGGAUCGGCCCCAUAUCACCGCUACCCCCCUAUGAAGGUAGGUCCUCUGGCUUUUAAGGCUGUUCGUCGACAACUUUGAACCGGUACAACACUAAUCACAGCUAUUCUUACAGCUUUUAGCAACUCUUUCAAAGCAAAAGGAAAGAGUCACACACAAACUUUCAAACUUUUAGCCUUUGACUUCCUCCUGAACCAGAGUAUUUCUGUAAAGUUUCAUCAUUAGUGAGAAGGGAAAAAAAAACACAUGCUGAGGCAUUAUUUUUGACCCCGUGCUUUGCUUUGAUUAGGAAACCAACUGAUUGGUAAACAGGGAACUUUUUUUUUUAUCUGUUAGAAGCCAGAGUUUUACUGUCCAUAAAAGUGUGUGUCUUCAAACAGUUUCCUGCUUUGAGUUUCUUUUCCCCAUCUGCUUUCUGCUGAAUUGUAAAGGCGGUUUUGACUUUUUUCUCCGUUUUAUUUCCCUUUAGGUUUUAAUGCUUACCCUACAGAAUGAUCCACCAACUCUAGAGACGGGAGUAGAGGACAAAGAAGUGCUAAAAAAGUAUGGCAAAUCAUUCAGAAAGCUAAUAACUAUGUGCCUUCAGAAGGAUCCUGCCAAAAGGUAAGCAUCAUAUCCCCCAAGUAUUUCCGAGAGUAAUGAUGCGGUUUAGUCAUUUCAAUUGAAGUUGUGCUGUUUCGUGAUGUAUUUUAAACAAAUGUACUUUUUUUUAUUUCAGGCCUACAGCUGCAGAGCUUUUAAAAUGUAAAUUCUUCCAAAAGGCCAAGGUAUUUGCUUUAUUCUGAGCAUGUGACUCUCCAUCUUUAUUUGGUUGUAGUAUUAAUGUUUUGAACUUAUGUUGAAUCUUUUUUGAGUUACAUCUUCUGUAAUGAUGUCUGUUUAUGUUACGGACACUUUGUAGUUACCAAUAGGGUUACAUCACUACUUUAACAUAAUGGUUAAAGAGCUGAUCUGAGCUCAGUAUCUGCACUGCAAAUGACGUGAUAAUCUGCAUUGACUCAUAGCUACAUUUGUAUGAUGUGCCAGAGCUCCAGAGGCUCAUAAUAUUGCUCCAAUUUGAAAAAUGGCUCGGUUAACACAUAACUUCAAACGUUCUGAACCUUUCAGUAUUUUCUGCCCUCAUUUUCACUUCUUGCAUCUCAAAAUGUUACUCUGCAUUUCUGUGACUCAUGAUUGGAUUGUGAUUCUCGUCUUGCUUUAAUGAUAUUUUGAUUCUAUUUUAAAUCUUAUCUUGCAGAACAGAGAGUAUUUGGUUGAAAAGCUUUUGAGUCGUGCACCAAAGAUUUCCCAGAGAGCGAAGAAGGUAUGUUUACACAAACAUUCCCUGUAAAAUAGCUCAGCUAUUGACUAAACAUGAAGAAAUUAUGGCAGAGUGCUGGGAUCGACUGAAGUCUCUCACUCCACCAGAGCUUCGCAUUUACAGUCAACACAAGUUACGCACUUUGACUCUCUUAAGCACCUCAAACGCUUCAUGCCUGAACUGUUGUGAAGAUUAUGUAAAAAUAUGGGCCGGUCCAGCGCACAGGCAGACUGCAUUGAUGCACGAGUGUACUGUGUCAGCUGUCUGCACGUGGCACAUUAAGUCAGAUUGGAUUAGAUCAAUUGUUAACAGAUAAAAAAAGGAGGACAUUACUGUUCAUUUUGCUCAUUUAGUUGCUCACUGGUUACAGUUUAGGAAGUGGAAGUGCAGUUUUCAGGCACAGUUGAUAUUGGUUUCACAUAACAAUCAGGUUGGAUGGCGAGGACAGAAACGGGAACAGAGGGCCAUCGCCGGGAGGCAGAGUGGCCCAGCUGGGGUGGAGGGGUGGAAAUUCACUGACUGGUUGGGAGUAAAUGUAGGGCAUAGUGGAUAGUGGAGCUCAUGUGUGCGUGACGUUAACAUUAUGCACAGACAGAGCGGAGUGUCAAUAAAGAGGGAGCAUGAUGUUGUGGAGGAUUUUGAGAGUUAAUAAGUCAAACACAGACGCCUAGCUGUCAUUACAAUGAAUUAAAAACAGUCAGGCGGAGUUGCUACAGUAAGUUUGUGAAUGCAACACAUUGAAACCACAUCUUUCUCCAAUAAAAAGUUGAGACUGUUUUAAACUAGGCAUGCAAAAUCUAAUCUGAAGUAUUGACACUGCAAAUAUUAAUUCAUAGAUACACAAAAUUUUAAAGAGUUUGUAUGUGUGGAGUGUAUUUAAUACAGUUGGAUAGGUAAACUGCACAAUAUGUCUACAGUUAUAUAAUACAAGUGACUGCUCCUCUUGUUGAAAUUUAUGUGCCAGAGAAUCUUUGCCCUUGUUAUUUUUUGCUGAUUUGACCUUCGGGCUCAUUUACAUUUGACAUUCAGCAAUCAUCAUAUCAGUAUUACACGGACAAGCAAUCCUGCAGCAUGAAUGUCCUGCCUGGAGCUUUUUGAUCUUUUUAUAAGAAAACCAACGAAGUCUCACUCUCGUUCAGUCUUGUCUGAACUCUCUACGACCCUAUUCGCACUUUGCUCCUCUGUGUUCUGUUUCUGUACUUUUUAGCCCUGUGCAGUUUUCUGUGGUCAUGGUAAACACUCGCAACUCGAUUCCCAGGAAACAAGCACCAUGGGGGUUUAGGAGACUUAAAGUCAGGCGGAAACCUUACUCUCUAAAUGGGCUUUAAAUGGGACCUUUCCUCCCCUUGAGAACAGUGAAUGAAAAGGAGAUGGCAGAUAGUCCGGUCAGCUGUCACCAGCGAAGUAAUUUUAAAUGAACAUCUAAUGAAAGGAAGGAGAAAAGUUUCCUGAACUCAAGGAUGGGAGGACUUAAGAAAAAAAUACCCCUGAGAGAAUCAUAAAAAAUGCUCAUGUAGGCUUUUUUGCAUCCUGAAAACAUGAUAGUGAAAAAGAUCACUUUUAGUACAGUACAGAACACUGAAUGUGGGUACAUAUCAGAUGGGUGACCAGCAGAGGGCGCCCUGAUACUCACAAUAGAGCUUUCGAUUUACAUUCAGUGGAGGUGUGUUGUUGUAAGAUAAGACAUUUGUAGCAUAUAGUUGAUAUGAGCUUGACUUAUUGAUUCUCUAGAGUGUGAAAACUAGAAAGUGAGAAAAACACUGAUAUUGUGGUGUGGUCCAGUACAGGGAUGAUGAAUGAAUACCUAAUGAGUUCAUGGAUGCUCUCCAAAGCCUGAUUUAAGAUUGCACAAUACCAGCUGCACAUUCUUACACCAGGGUUUUAACCAGCUCUUUGUUUUUCUGCUCACAUAAUGUGACUCUGUUCAUAUAUGUAUUAAAACAUGUACUGUAAGAGCAUUCCGCCAGAUGCAUAUUGUUGUGUGUGGUUUUGUUUUGUAUGAAUGUCACUGAGGUGAGAGUGCGCACUCACUGAGUCCACUGAUCUGUGUCCAUUUCCUCCAAAGAACCAGAGCAGAACAGAGGGAGUCUUGUUGCUGAAGUUUUAUGUCAGGGUCUUAAAAAAAAAAAAACAGACACCAUCAGAGGGGGGAGUCUCUCUCUGUAACGCUGACCUUGUCUGAUGCUGGGGAAUUUGCAUCAGCCUGCUUUUGGUGACUUACUGUUUUGUGUGCUCUGAUGUGCAACCAGACACUGCUAGUCUAGUCAUGCGUUGCUUUUCCUCAUAUUUGUAUCUGCAGUAAAGUACAUUCUUAAUAAAUGAAUGCUCAAGUGGUGGUUAAAUGAAGCAAGAGGUAUUUUGAUAUCAGUGCCUAUUGAAAUCUAUAUGAUUUUGCUGUGCAGUGCUACAGAAUCAAGGAGUAUCUGUGGCAGUACUGACAAAGAAAUAUAAUGAUAAAUUAGCGGAAAUACAUGCUUCCGUAUUUUAUAGGUAAUAAUACAAUUGUAGUUGGCCUAUACUCCAGCUUUUUUAGUGUUUUAAAUCACUUUUAACUCUAUAAUGUGCUCAUCUUGCUCCCCUUCAUGUCUCUUCCCCACACAUACCUGCACUGUGACACACAAUGCAGCUUGUCUCAUCGUCUCUAUCUGCCAGUAUGUAAUCAUACCACACAGGUGUGGCAAAUUUGUCUUGUAUAACUAGAUAAUAACUGCAUCAAUAAUAAUAAUUGGCGCUAUAUAAAUAAAAUUUGAUUGAUUGAUUGAUUGAUUGAUUGAUUGAUUGAUUGAUUGAUAAUUGGGAACUAUUUUUUGCCAGUCAUAUGUAACUUUAAAGCUCGCUAAGAGGAACUUAAGGAACUUGCGAUCCGUGUCAGCUUUGGCACAUGUUGUGGUCACAGAAUUAUGUCUCAUCUGUUUGCAGAUCUCGUCUUGUGUAAUGUUGUGUGACAAAAAGUCUCAUUCUGCUUUCUCUCAGCUGUCAGUAUAUAACUCACCGUCUGUGGAAAAUGUAAAUAAAUGCUGUUUCGGCAUUUGUCUGGUCUGACACCUACCCUGCAGUUUCAGGCAUUAAAAACAACAGUAUACAAUAAUCAGAUUUUUUUUCUUAUGGUGUUGUUUGCUUUGAUAUAUCAUAGAAAUGCAUCAAUAUUAACCUCAGUCUGUUUUAUAACUAGGUGGAAUCUCCAAAUUCAGCAGAAAGCUACUUCUUCCAACAUAUGUAACUAGCCCUAUAACUUGAAUUUGCCUUGUGUACUUUGUUUAAAUAUCACAGUUGAAGCUGAGAUUGAUAGUUUCUGACAAAUUUAAAGGCCUCAAAAACCUUCAUGAAUCACAGGUAAACCAUAAUCUAAUGUAGGAGUCCGUGUGAAGAAGGAUGAGUGAUGUCUAUCACAUGAAGUGUGCUGUGUCUGUGUCGUCAUGGUUCAGGUGAGGAGAGUCCCAGGCUCCAGUGGUCACUUGCACAAGACAGAGGAUGGAGACUGGGAGUGGAGCGAUGAUGAGCUGGAUGAAGGCAGUGAAGAGGGCAAGGCGGCGGUAAAUCAAGGCAGGGUAGGUGAGAUGCCAAGAAGACCAGCCACUGCAGAGUUUAUUGUUUUUGUAUUUACUGUAAAACGCUUCAGGAACAGUUUCUUCACUACAGUAGCUUCUUGAAGAGUAUUUCUAAAUUUGUAAUCUUAGGAAACUACACAGUCUCACGGUAAUAUUGGUCAUUAUUAAUGCAUGUCAUGUCUCACCUGUAAAUCAAAUCUUUAUGCACCUUACCCUCCGUCUCUGACCCUGUUCUUUCCUGCCUCCCUUGGUCACUGAGCUUUUCUUUUUGGGUAGCAGAUGGUUUAUCUCUGAGAGAGACUGUCUCGAGGUUGCUGUAAUGAGCUGGAAGAUAGCUGCAAGGAUUUGAGGCAGGAAGAAGUAGACAGCUAUGAUCAAAGAGCCCUUUGAUAAAGAUACCCCGCUUUAAUGUAUGAUGCAAUAACUAAUACGCGACCAAAAGUCAUGAUUUAGGAAGUAAGCUGUUGCAGAUUGUAUUUUUACAGUAUGUGUUUUUUAAGUUCCCUGUCCCUGAUUUGGGGCUUGUUACUUUUUCUCAUCAGUGUGUAUUGUUUGUUUGUACAGGCAGAUGGAGAAACAGUAAUACAGUCUAUGAAGACAGCAAAAGACCAUGUUUUUUAAUCUCAAGUUUUUAACUGUUUGAGAAACUGAAAAAGCAGGAAUUAUUAUUUCUGUGUAUCUAUUAACAAAAACAUGUCAAUGUGUGUUUGAUUUUUCCCUCCAGUCACGAAGGGUCAGAGAUGAGACCAAAGAUGUAAGUUAGCUGCUCCUCUCAUACACCGCUAUCAAAAUGCAGUUCCAAUCAUAAGCAUCUUUCUGACAGAGAUAAAUAUGCCUAAUCUUGUUUGCUGCUGUAUAAUUCCAUAACAUGGCUGAAAGGCAUUUUUGCAAAUGCAGUUAUAUUUCCUGAUUUGGUUAAACACUUGUGUUAAAAUCCUGAACUCAAUCAGUUUAUGUCUACACAUGUUUUGUAGAGUUUAAUGAGAAGCAGCCAAACAGCAGUUUAAAGACUGUCAGCAAAUUCCCUCUCAUUGAUUGUCUUUAAUUUGCGCUCCUUUGUUGUCUCUAUAAGAUGAGUUGUGGUUUGAUAUUUUCAGAGGAUGCAAUAACAUUAGCACCAUUCUGCCUCUCACUCUGUUCCUCCUAGAAUGAGGAGAAUGCCAACAAUGUCCCCAUUGAAGGCUUGUCUAUUCAGCAUCCCCAGGUGAGGGAUUCUGCAUCAGCGCUAAUUUCUCAUGAUUCAAUGACCUUGAUGCCGCUCUCAUUAUCUAUGCGUGCCUGUCUACAUCUAUGCUUAACGUGUGUUGGUGUGUGUCUGCCUGUGCGAAUGUGUGAAUGUGUGUCUCCUGUAGGGAUGCUCUCAGCUGUAAUAACUCACGGUAAAUGGCUGUCUGCCUGACAGUGCCAGCUCAGUGCUUGGGUGUAACCCAUCAAAAGGCUCAGUGCCACUGCACCCCAUUUUCUGAGGCUAUUGUCAUUUUGAAAAUGAGCCGCAGCAGUCUGUGGUGUAGUGCUGUGCUACAGUAAGGGAUUAGCUUUGACAGAUACUCAGCAGUCAUCUCUUAUCCUUUAAUAUCCAUUCUUUGACAUACAAAGAGCCUAUUUGUAAUGAAGGAGUGAUAAUGACAAUAUUUCUUUGCACGCUAUACUAUCUUGAUGUAUUGUUCCCUGCUCUUUUCCCAUACACCUGCCCCUACAGCUGAGCUGAAUGAAAGACGCUUUUUAGAAACCAUAUUUUAUGAGUUUGCAGUCAUUGCAGCACACUAUUGCACAAUCGCUGUAAGUUGCACUACUUCAAAUUGAAGUUGUUGUGCCUGAAAAUGUGGCCCUGCAGUACAAGCUUCCUCAGCUUCAGAGGUUUCUCUUCCCACAGGUUGAACCAUAUGAGGAUUCAACCUACAUUCCAGGGGCUGUGAAUAUGGUACUAAGGCUAAGGUAGGACUGUUUUUGAAUCAUGUUUUUGACUCUUUUCUUAUAUUCAUCAGGAACUGCCUUAAAAUUGAUAAUCCUGACAAGAUGCAAUGUAACAUGCUACGACACAAUGUGGCACUCUAACAUUAUAGUUUCGAACAGUGCAGUGCACAAUGAUUCAGUCCAGAAUGACACAGUAUGAUAUGAUACAUUACAAUAAGAUAGGAUACAAUACAUUAAGAUCUACUGUUGUACAUUACAAAGCAAUACAGUAAAAUACAAAAUAAUACAAUAUGAUAUGAUAAGAUAUAUGAUAUGAUAUGAUAUGAUAUGAUAUAUGAUAUGAUAUGAUACAUUACAUUAAGAUAGGAUACAACACAUUAAGAUCUACUAUCGUACAUUACAAAGCAGUACCAUAUAAUACAAUAUAAUACAAUAUAAUAUGAUAUGAUAUAUGAUUUAAUAUGACAUAAUAUGAUGAGAUAUGACAUGAUAUAUGAUAUGAUAUGACAUAAUGUGAAACUAUUUGAUACAAUAGGAUACAUUACGAUAUGAUACGACAUGAUAAGAUGGGAUUCAAUGCGAUUCAAUACAACGUGGUAUGAUAUGAUCAAAUAUGAAACAGUUUCAUGAUAUAUGAAAACAAAAUGGUACAUUAUGGUUCAGGAGUUCCUUAUGGUAUGGUAUGGUAUGGUAUGGUGCAGAAUGAUUCAGUCUGGUACAUUUUGAUAUAAUACAACAUGAUAGGAUACAAUUAAAUAAGACAGGAUACAAUAUGAUACAUAGAAAUAAACAGGGAAACACAAUCCCAAUCAGUUAGUGCAUGUCUCUUAUUACUGGAAUUCUUCUAGAGGAAGAUGUAAAUGAGUCUUGAUCAAAUGGACCACUAAUAUGUUUUUUUUAAUGGAAAAGGACAGAAGGCCUUUUAUUGUCUUAUAGUUUAAUGACAUUUGUUAAAGAGGGAUAGCCUGUGUCAGUUUUCAAAGGCUGAGGGAUGUUUGUAGAUGCUGCAGCUCUUCAUAGACACAAUAAUCACGGCCCUCUGUAGAGAGGAUCUCUCAUUUCUCUGGAUCCCUUCAUCUCGCUGUAGUCUGAGUGGCUGUAUCUUAUGGAGGAGAGCGUCACACUCUAUUGCUUCUCUGGCUGUGCUCCACAAUCUGCUCCAAUGCUUUCAUUGUGCCCUGUGCUCUCUGCUGUUGGGUAUAUUUUGAUGGAAAAAUGGCUUUCGACUCAGCCCCAUGACAUAGAUAGGAAAAAAGUCUUAAUUUAGUGCUCUUUGACUUGAACAUGUAAAUGACAGAAAACAAAGCCAACCUUAAAAUCCAAAUUAAAUCCCUCUUGGUGUUAUGUGGUAGGCAGACACACCAACAGAGAAAGACAGUGUGCAUUUUGAGGGGUGCAGCCUCAGACAGACCAUGGAGCAUAUUUGGACAUUUGAAGGUCUGCCUGUAGCUCCCUGAUGAGCCGGUCACAGAGCCGAGUCUUAGUGGAACAGACAUCUGAAGGUCCCUCCCCAGGCAUCCAGCACAGCACAGCACAGAAAAGCUAUUUCAUUCUCUGGUUACAAACCAAAAAUAUUUGAGAGGAUGUAAGACGAGAUGGCCGGCUUUUUAGUGUCUGAUGACCAGUCGUUGUCCUGACCUGGUGAUGAAAAUAAAUUGGCACGGUUGAAAAGUUGGGUUUGUUUUUGUUUUUUGGUGUAAAACCUAAUAGUGUUUUCUCAACGUGUGGAGUUUAAAGCCUUUUGAAGAAUAAAACAUGUAUUCGUUUCAGUUUUCAUGAACUAUAAAAGACUGUUAUCCUGUCGAGAUCUGAGCUUUCUUCUUAAAAACAUCACAGUGGAGUCGUACAGCGAUUGAAUCAAUUUCUUCCAAGAAAUGUGUUUACUGUGUUCACUGUGAUCCCGGCAGUCAGCUGUCAGGUCAUAUCUUUGGUUAGUCUGCUUAAGUAUUCAGUGUUAGAGGUGAUAGUAUCCAUCUAAGAUCCAAGUCAAUGAAGCUUGAUGAUACUUUUGUUUUUGAAAAAAGGUCUCUUAGUUGAUCACGUACGCUGACCUGGUGGAUUACUAAGAUAUGCACUACAGCUAACAUGAGAGAAGUUUUACAGAUGGGACUUUAGUACAUUUUACUUUUCCUAAAUUAACAAAGAAACUAACAUUUUAAAAGCUCUUUUAACAUGAAUCCUCUGUUCUUUAAAACUGCUAAUUCUUUCACAUGGUGAGCAGAUGUUUUGCUGGAUUAGAGACGGCAGAGUUUAGGGAGCAGCAGAUUCUGAGCUACUUGCAGUUGACCUUAUUUAGAUAGUGAGGAGGAUUUGCCUGGUAUAGUCAUCACGGGGGGUAUGUGUGAAGAUGAGAGUCUUUAUUAUAUUUUGGGUUUUCUUUGGAUCUGUUUCCGAGUCCUGGUGAACAGAGCAAGAUAUUUAUUUAUGGAAACAGACUGUGCUUCUUUAUUGAAUGAAAGAUGUACCUGGAAUGUCAGUGUAAAACAUACAAGCUAUUUCAGGGGAGCUCAGUAUGUGCAGAGUAGAGUUUUCCCCCCUCUCUUUCAGGUUUAUGGUUUAUACAAUACCCCUGUGUAAAAUAAAUAAUAUGCUAUUAAAAAAACAUUAUUUAUUGUUUCAAAAAAAGGUCCCUAAAUAUGUAUGAAAAAAAAUCCAACAGAAAUGAAAAAAAUUGCCUUGGAGAGACAAAAAAAAAACAAAAAAACAGUUAAUUGCUCUGCUCUCUAAACUAAUAAGGCAGUUCAGCCCAUUAGAGAGAGUUUAUGGAAAUAUGAUCCCCUCAGUGGCAGAGAGGAGGGAAAAGCAGCAGCAUGAUUGGAUUUUAGUCAACAUUUUGUUUGGAUCUCUCUCAAUCUCUGUUUUUUUUUUCUUUUACAAAAGCACAGCGGUGUCCUGAGAAUAACUUUGUCAGCAGCUUGAAGGGGGAAGUUCAGGCUUGCAUAAUGUUGGUGCAAUGUCACUGGAGCUUAAAUAGCUUAAAUAGCACAGAGGCAGAUUGAUUUUACCGAGCAGUUCAGAGCAGAGGUGACAUUUUGGUCUGUUCUUCCCUAUUAGGGGUAAAGAGAAGUUGAUAGAAUUGUCUGGGUAGCCUCUGAAACAGUUUAGGAAGAAGUCUCAGAUUGUGGAUUUGGCUGCGGUGUCAUUCACAAUCCUAAACUUAUGGUAACAUCUUGAUGCUACGCUGUCUGUUUUUUAGUUAUUCCUUAAUGGGUCAUUAAUGGCCUUAGACUCUCACUCUCGAUGGUUUUCAACUGGUGUUGGCCUUCAGACCGUUGUAAUGCAGUAUCUGAUCUUCUUUCGUUGACAGAAAGAGGCCGGCAGUAAAUUACUCUGAACGAAUCCAUCAAGAGUCUAAAAUCUGAACUCUUUCCUGUAAUUGAUGUAAACUCAUACCACUGUCCUUUCAGGGGUGGUUCUUGAAAAUCAUAACAUUUUUGCGGGUUAUUAGAAGAAAGAGUUGACACUUUUACAAGACCUGUUUUUUUUUUUUUUUUUACAAUGAGAUAAAUUUGGUUGACUGUUUUAUUUCCUAUUAAUACAAUUCCAGCCAUGAUUUGCUAUUAGGAUAUGAACUUUUAAGUUUUAAAGUCUUAAGAGUGGAUUGUACAUGUGAAACAUAACAGUUGUAACGUAUUGCCCCUUUCCUGGGUAAGAAAUACAGUCCCAACACAGAAUGGAAUCUACUUGUUGGCUUUGGCAUUAAGGUAUGCUGCUGCACAUUAGUGAUAGAUCUACAUUUUUCUCACCUAAAAAUUCCUCUUGGCUCCAUGAUCAGUCACCUGACAGCCACCACUGCAGGGCCCAUAAUGUGCUCACCGACACCCAUGUUUUCUAUAAACGCAGAGGCAUUUUGAAAGAUUUCUCUGCAGUAUACGGUAAUUUCAUAUGUUAGAAAAACUGGCUUCACUAAUAGAUGGUGGAAAUGAGUUUGUGAAUUUCACUGUACCUUUGUUAAAGAAAGCACUGUGUCAUAAACAUGCUAUUUCCCAGAGGGAUUACACAGUCAUCUUGGUAUGCAAGUCGGUUAACAAGGUGACAAAAAUAAAAAUGGGCUCGCCGGAUGAAUCGCUAAUUUUACUGCUGUUGAACUGUGGAGGAAAUAAAUCUCCAGCCUGGUAUUCAAACUCUCACAUGUCAUGGCAGUGUUCAGUCUGCUGUACGUGUCUAAUCCAGAACGUGUGUGCAUGUCUGACAGACUACUUUCUGAACUCUUGGUUUUCUGCAGAGAGGGACUGAUUUAUUUGUGCAGGGCUUUAUGUUAUGAUCCUCUGACAUACAUGUUACCUUGCCUUGGCAGUCUGCACCCUCUGCUUCCUCUUUUGGGAGUGGAGAUGUUGUUUACGUCCAUCUGUUCCACCAGAGUUUUCACUCUGUUUAUUUUUUCUUUCAACCGUAACUCUCUAAAAUUAAAAAAGUCAAGUUGGCUCACAGCUCAGCUGAUAGUAAAUCCACCCUCCCACUGUUUAGUCCAGACUUUCUCCUAAAAAACUCAUAGCAGAUAUGUCCCUGGUUGUGUGUGAUGAAUUAUGUCUCUAAUCUCAUUUGAAAUGAGGUGCUGUGGUCUGGCUGUGAGAUUUAUUUAACGAGACUACAAACCAAAUUAAUCUCCUCUCACUGCACUUUGGGUGGGACUGAGACGUCCUGCUAUUUUCAGAGACUGGCGUCUGCACUGUCACACAUUUCAAAGGCUUGUUCUUUAUGCAAGAGAUGCAAAUGAAUGCAGGUUGAUGCUGCGUAGCUGCUGGGGGGGUGCAUUUAAAAAACAUGCAAAAGAAAACUGAUGCAUACCUGCUGGUUUUUCUUUUUACGUCUUCCUAGUCACUCUAUAGCACCGUGUGAACACUCAGAUCCUGUUCAGCCAUGUUUUAUCUUGAAUCACAGGUACACACACACUCAGAUAGCAGACUUCUGUAAUCCUGUAGUCCUGUAGUUGUAAAAAAAAAAAAGUUUAUUCCCUGUCACCAAUUUUUUUCUCUGAUUGUUCUUGUGGCGUGUAAGAUAGUUUUAUAAAAAUAUUUCAGCUGCAGUCCUGAUCGUAUCAGAGAUAGCAGUAGGGAGAUGAUACAUGUGAAAAUGGAAACAUAAUUCAGCGAGACAAAGAUGCAUAAUUUCAUAUCCGUAACCACAAAUCCUACUUGGAAAUACAGUUCCAAGGGGGGGCCCAAAGUCCCUUUUACCCUUCUGCUUAAAAAAAAUCACAAUAUAGAAACUGUCACUUCUGGUGCUGAUGAUCUGGUUGCUUUUAAAGAUCUAAAAAAGGCAUUACUGAAGAUAGGCAGUAAAAAAAAAUCCUUAUAGUAGAUUUAAAUCAGGAACAGUCUGGUUUUCAUGUUUAAUUAGCUGUAAAUUUGUGUUUGUGCUUUAACCUACAGUUUCAAUAUUGUAUCCUUAUGUGGUUUUUAAAAUUAGUAUCUGCUGGAAACAUUUUGAUACUUGGAUCAUAAUACUUUCAAUAUGUCUAUGUAUAUUGAAUCAGUCUCAGAUCAGUAAACCACAAUGAAAUGAUAGUCUAUGAUUAUUUUGGGCUGGAAAUCAUAUAAAGUGUAAGGUCAUUUUAAUCUAACACAUACUAGACUAGACUUUGUUUUGAAAACACUGUAGUCUCCCUCUGCUGGUCGUUAGACAGAAUGCAGGUCAAAAGUAUCGGCUCACUUUAUCUGUCAUACCUGGGUUCAUCCUCUCCAUAAAGCUUUUGUCAGAUCUUUUUAACUAGUUCGGUCACUUGGCCACUCUUGACUGUUAUAGUUCCCUCUCAGGUUUUAGAUGUUUUGAGUAAAAAGCCGUGAUGGUUCUCCAUGUGAGCACUCUUGUCAGGCUCUAAAUGUCCCGCCGUUAGAUUUAAUGAGUAGCUCAUGGAUCUUUGGCAGCUACAUAGAGAGAUGUUUUUGUCGGUGACAGCAGAACAAAAGCAGAAAUUUAAGGUACGUCAAUGCUGUUGUGACAGCUUGUUGCAACAAUAUUGUACUUGUAGUCAUCCGAGGAUGACAAACUCAAUAAUAUGGUCCUGUUGCAUGUCAGCUGCACUGCCUGUCCAUCUUGUCAUUCCUUUUCCUUGUUCACAUCAAUCAUUUUAUUUGUAUACACGGCUCUUUCUGGACCUACAGAAGCUGUCACAAGUCAGAGCUACAGCUAAUCUAAAUCUGACAUUUCAGAUGCUGCUCAUGCUUCCCCUCACUCUAUCCUCUCUCCCCACAGGAACUCCAAGAAGGAGCUGAAUGACAUCCGGUUUGAAUUCACUCCAGGGAGAGGUAAGAACUCUGCUCGUAUGGAUUUGAAAUGUGAAACCAUCUUCAGGAUCUGUAGAUUGCUCUGUGUGCAUGUCAGCAGACGGCUGUGUUUGUGCUCCUGACAGUGUCCAAUUUAACAUUUAAUACAAUUACCCGCUAAGUAGAGUGUUACAUGCCCACUGUUUCUCAUAUUGUUCUCCCAUAAGACACAGCUGAUGGCGUUUCCCAGGAACUGUUCUCUGCUGGCCUGGUCCACGGGCACGACGUUGUUAUUGGUAAUUUUCCACUUCUUCAAUCUGGUAAAUUGUGUUGGUGUGGUCUUCAUACCCAUCAGUGUCCAUGUUACAUGACUAAUCACCUCAGUAAUAUACAUAUUUAGUCAAAAUACUGUUGUCAGAGAUAGACUUUAAAUCUGAUCCCCCAAACCCCCCCUAAAAAACCUGACCAGAACCCCAGUCUUUCUGUCAAAAUGAUAUCUAAUAUUAAAAAUAUUAAAUAUCUUCUCUAUAUUUUAACUGGCAGUUGCAGUAAUGGUCUAAAAAACUUUAUUUUUCAUGUGAGAUUUAUUUUCAUGCUCUCCAAUGCUCUAUUACUUGAACAUCAUGCUUGCUGUAUGUCCUCUACAUUACAGUUGCUGCUAACCUUCAGAAGAUUGUAGAUGACCCAACUACCUACAAAGUGUUGACCUUUAAGCUGGUGAGUGUCCACAUGAUUGAUGAGUGAUGACACCCCUGUGACUUUUUCCUUGCUGACAAUCUCUGGCUGUAAACAGCUUAUUGAUGAAAGGGUCAGUGAGAAAUAAACACACAGCUCCAGCGUUGGAGGAAUGUUUUGUCAGUGAAGGAUACAGCAGACUAGAUUACUAAUAGACUGUGUUGAGUCUCACACUGACACACAAUGCCCAAAAAUCGACAAACUCAAUUCUUUACCUCAGAACCUGCACUCUCGGUCUUAUUGUCUUUUUUCCUGACAGGAGGUUUUUCUUCACGGUCUUUUAGUCUCACUGCUUAUAUUUCUUGUUACAUAGGUGGAAGAAGAGCCUGAAAAAGUGCACUCUGUUUGGUUCAUAUCAUUCAUAAUCCAAGUUUGAAAAGAUGAUUUUAACUAAAAGUCUGUGUGAGAUCAAAUCAGAUCGAAGAGUUCCCUAAAAUUCAUUAUACUUCUUUUUAUUUAUGAAAUUUCUACAUUACAUAGUUAGUUAAAAAAAAUGAUUUGAUUUCAUAAUUUAAUUUGAGCAAACUGAGCACGAAUGCAUCAUUGUCAUCCAAACCCAAUUAUUCAAGCUUUUCACUCUAUUGAGCUUUUUUAAAGCUGAUGAUUUGUAUUCAUCAAGGAUAGGAUGAAUGAGUCGUUUAAAAAGAACAUCACAAUUAAAGAAUUAGUGACAAUAAUGCUAUUUUGUAUGUUUGCAUAUCAGAUGUUUAAUCUGUGUAGCCACAAUACAUUUAUGAAGAAAUGGUGCAAUACAACACCAUACAAUAUAACACAAAACAAUAUGAUACAAUACAGAACCAUAAGAUACAGUCUGACAAGAUACAAUACAAUAUGAUAUGAUGUGCUAUGGAGUGAUUCUAUAUAAUACAGCAUAACAUGAUAAGAUAAGAUAUGUUACGACAUGUUAUGUUACAAUAUGAUACAAUACGGUGUAAUACUAAACAAUUCAAUACUAUUAAAUAUGCCAUGAUGAGACACAAUAAGAAACAGUACAAUAUAGUAUAAUACAGCACAGUUAGCUGCCUCUUUAAGGAACUAUUUCUUGGACUAAAGUGCAGCAUAUACUUGAUUAUCGACCUUUACAUUAGUAUCCUUAAUCAAAAACAAGUGAAAACAGACAUCAGAGGAGCACAUAACAGAAUUGCACAUUACCCAUAUUGCACCAUAAAUGUCUUACAAAUAAAAAGGAAAAUGAUCUGAUAUUUUUUAUGAAAUUGUUGAAUACUCAAAAACCAAAAAUAUUUUUUCAAACAGCUUUUUUGUAAAACCAGUCAACUCGUUUCCUUUUGUUGGCCAUGGCGUCAACAAAAAAAAACACAGAAAGUCUGUGAUCCUUUUUUUCGCCUCAGGUUAUCGACCACCUGCCAUCACUGAAUAUUUCCAACAUUUAAUUUUGUUUACUUGGCGGCCUCCUUUUUUCUCCGGCAUGAAAAAAAAUGUCUUAGAGGUCAAACUUAUUUUUUUUAAUCAAAGGCAGCUGUCUGCUGGGCAGGCACUUGUAAAAAAACAUGACAGUGACUGGAGUUUACCUGUGCAUCAUCUCAUCUUUGAAAAACAGCUGUAGUAUGAAGUAUUUACUUUGGAGUUAAGGGUCGCAUAUGUGUCACUUUCAGAGGUCCCCUUUGUUUGACUUUGAGAGAAACGGUGACAUUUGUUGGAAGAAAUGAUGCCAGUCCUUCUGCAUUGGACAGAGAAUAUGUAAAUGAAUGGACCUUUCUGUAGUUGUGGGUAAACAACAUCUGUUCUUUGGGUCACUGUGCUUCACAAAGUGACCUUUUUGUUAUGUUUGCUUUAUCAGCAGCUAGUGAGCGUUGCAGGUGGAGCAGUCUCUGGAGAGUCAGGGUGAGGCAGGGCUGGACUCAACAUGCAGAUAUAUACGGGCGUAGUUCCAUUUCCUUAUGUUAUCUGUGCUCCACUGCUGCCCGUGUGAAAUGCUCACUGUGAGUCGCCAUACCAAGAGUUAUGAGUGGGACAACACAAAGCACAGGGAGUAGGAAUAAUCACCUUCACCACAGGGGGCAGUUCAGAACACUUGGUGGUGAGGGAGGCACUUCAUGACUGAACAGAACAGGAGGUUGGACGGGCCGCCUAAAAGAGAAACCAAUUUUUGUAACACUCCCUCCAUGUUCAUCAGAAAACUGCUGAGCGCCCGGACCUCCGGACUUACGGGGAAAUCCAAAUGCAAUAUAAAUAUAAAUAUAUACCUGUGUGACUAGCAUCCCAAGCAGACAGAAAAUUGGGGUUAGAUAUAUGUUUGGUGCCACAUCUGUCUCUUCCUUUCACCAGAGUCUGUAAUGUGGUUGCAGGGCUGUAUCCUUAUUCGGGUGCAGGUGUAGAGAGACUGGUAACAGAUGCUGGCUGAUAAGGCCUGGCUUUCAAUCCAUUGAUCCCCAAAUUUGUUUUAUUUUCACAUUCAGUCCAGCUGUAUAAUAUUCCAGCUCUGAGCUGAUAAACAGAAGCAGACAAGGUGCACAUACUGACCUUAUUAAACAGAUUGGAUGUUGGCCAGAUGUGUCUCAUUCACAUUCAGACACUGUUUUCCAGUCUGUGUUGUUAUAAUCUCUGUGUCAUUUUGGCUGAGUUCAAUUUUAUAAACCUUGUGGAGUAACAUUUAUUAUUAACAUUUGCAGUCUUUUAAAAGGUUAAUGUUGCUCUCUUAAGUACUAUUUCAAACCGAGGGAAGCAGUUCUCUCCCUUCACUGCCAAUUUACAUUCAUUUUAUUUUACUUUUCAGUGAUUAUCAUAGAGCCCCAGCAAAGCUGUGCGACUCAGUCUCAAGAUGACUGGAUGUGUUGACAGUUACAUUUUUAACUAUGGCCUAAAAUUUCAAUAUCAUUUCCUCUAAAAUAUAAAAAAGAAAUAGCUGGGUAACAUUCUGUCAGCGGGAUAUAUUUAGAGUUCCCAUAAACCACUUAGAGGGCUUCUUUAUUUCACAAAUGAUGUCCUGUACUCGUAACAGAGUGGGCUGUCUUAUGAUUAAUAUUGAUUUGCAUUUACAGUAACUCAUGAAACUCACACAUUGACUUCCCAUAACUGCAAGCUAGCAUUAAUGUACUGUACAUCAUGGGUAGCAGUGAGAUGAUUUUUUGAGAAAGCUUUUCCUGAGACUUAAAAUUAAAACAAAAAUUAAACCCAUCAAUCAGUUUUUUAAAACCUUUUCAAGAAAUGACAUAAAGGAAUAACUGCAAAGUGACAUUUAAAUCAUGGUGUUUGUCAAAUUGGAAUAAAGGAGACAAUACGCACAAGAUAAACAGCAUCAGUCAAACAAUAAGAGACAGCAUGUCUACAUGUAUGAAAGCAGUGGUAUUCUAGAGCAGUGGUUCUCAAGUCCAGUCCUCGAGGACCACUGUCCUGCAUGUUUCAGAUGUUUCCCUGCUUCAACACACCUGAUUCAAAUGAUCAGCUCGUUAUCAAGCUCUGUAAUGGCUUAAUAACGAGCUGAUCAUUUGAAUCAGGUGUGUUGGAGCAGGGAAACAUCCAAAACAUGGAGGACAGUUGGCCUCGAGGACUGGACUUGAGAACCACUGCUCUAGAGUAUGUUGAAUCUCUACACAAGCGCACCUCUUUUUGCUGAGUGAGUUACUGAUUUGGUGAUCACCUGAGAGGCUAUUAGACACUUUUAUUUUGUUAACUUCCUGAUGUACUAUUUGACUUUUUAUGCCUUUAUGUGGAGACAGACUAUUGGACAGAGAGGGGAACUAAGAAGAGAGAGUGGAGGUGACAUGCUGUAAAGUGUUUCAGGCUGGACUCAUAUAGAUCACUCUGAGAACUACACCCCCUGAACAUGAAGCGGGUGAUUUAAGGUCUUAAAAAUACUGCUUCUUAUUGUUAUCUGACCAGCUGUCAUUUUUCAAAGAUGGAAAGUUCAGAGAAAUGUCAAACACAGUAAAACAAAAAGAGUUACUUUAUUCCUACACCAACCUAUGAAUCACAGAUGCAGAGAAAAACACAGAUUUGCAAAUGUAACACCUACUUUAUUCAGUUUAAGCAGGAAUUAAUCACUUAAUUCAAAACCCUCAAAUAAACUACAGUAACUCUGUCAGAGGAUUUCUGUGCAAUGCUGUGAUUUAUACAUACAUUUAACAACUGCAGAUUCUUAUGGCAGGGGAAAGACUUUUGUCACCAUGGUUACACAGGCAGCUGUUAGAGUCAGUUAAACGCUCAAACUGCUCUCAGAGUUUUUUUAAUUAGAUGCAAAAGUUAGAGAGAAACAUUCAAUCAUUUUGUCAAAUAACCAGCUGACUCGCUUGCAGUAAUUUCAAUCCCCUGAUUAAUCUGGUGUGCUAUACUACAGCUGCUCCACAGAUUUGAGCAGGAUUAGCAGUGUUGUUAAAUCAAGAGUGUCAGGAUGUGAAACAGCCCCUUUGACCCUCUUAACGUCUCCCUCUUUUACGCAGGCUUCCUGCUGCGACGACGCGGAGAUCCCUGACGAGGUGAAGCUGAUCGGCUUUGCACAGCUGAGUGUUAGCUGAUGUUCCCUUCACGCCUAAAGCAGGUGAGAUGUGGGAGAGAGAGACAGAGAGAGACAGAGAGAGAGACAGUUCAGGGCAGACAGACAGACAGAGGAACACAGCGACACUUCCUGCAGCUUCUUCCCCAACACUCUUGGUAAAAAAAAAAACACCUCACUCCGCCUCCGUCUUCACUCCCUCUCACUUCCGCUGAUGCCAGGCCCUGCCACCGCCCUGCCUCCACCCCCAUAAUGCUCACUGCCCCCCCUGACCUCUGACCUUACCAACAUUCCACCGCCCAGCGCACAAACAGGGAUCAGGAUACAGCCCAGGAACCUAAAGAUGUACUCAGGUGGAGACAUGAGGAGAUUACGAUGUAGCUUUGAAUGUUUUAUUUAUUUUUUUCUGAUUCUUCAAUUUUGUUUUUACACUUUACCUUUUCCAAAUUUUACUUUCCUGUCACCAAAUCCUUAUUAUUUAUGAAAUGAGAAGUUCUUCUGUUUUGUUGCCACAGUGAAAACAAUGUCUCACAAAAUCACUCAUUUGUGAUGUUUCCCUGAGGUCUUUGCCAGAAUGUAAGAUGUACUUAAGUUAUGGGUAAAAAGCACACUUCCAUUACAACAUAAUGAAUGUCUAAAAGAAGAAGUUCUGUCUCAAGACCUAUUUGACAUUGACCAGAAGGGGACCAUUAGCUUGAUUGUGCAGAAAAAAAAGAGACCUGGAUGCUACUGUGUAUUAUUUGCUGCUCUCGACAGUGCUAAUGCUUCAAAAAGUUAGAGGUGCCUUGUUCAUUUUUCUGUGCCUAAGAAAGUAGCGAACGAGCGAGACCACACAAAGAGCAGAGCCCGCCGAAGACCAUUUCACAAAAUGUAUUACUCCAGCAAUGACACAAAUUAUAUAUGUUAAAGCUGCAAUGCACUUUUGGGCUGAGCGUGUGCGCACUGCGAGCAGAUGCUUAGCCCCCCAGGAGACAAUAAUCAAACAUAACAGAACCUGUAACCCUGUAAACCGCUCUUGUUGUAUUCAGAUGCCAGAUUAAUACACAAAACCCACAACAGUUUCGUUUUCUCGCUCUGUUCUACUGCACUACAAAAUCUAUUGUUUCCACAAGAAUAUAGAGUUUCUAAAAUGUACUGUACGACAAUGCAUCUGAGGAUGAAACCAAAAGGCAACUACUGAAAGAGUGACGAGCCAUCUGUUUGUCCAAACAAGUCCAGUAGCUCUCGAAUAUUUUCAAGUAUUGAGAUGGGUAAAAAUUAACCUCUAUUAAAUUCUCUAUUAUGAAGUAAUUUAUUGUGUUUUUUUAUGUACAGUAUGUGAACCAUUUCAGCAUAUUAUCUCCCGUUCCCUCUGUAAUCAGCUGAUGUCAAAUUUCUGAUGAAGAGCAACAAUAAAGACUUGCUAUUAUUUAAAGGAGGUGUGGUGUUUUUUACUUUUGGCAUGCAAACAUUAUACCAUAACUUAAAAUAUGGUAGGCACAAAUAAUAACUCACAGCUGUAAAAGUGUCCGGGGCACCGUAGACUAAUCAUCUUUAUUCAUCAAGGCCAACAGCACAAAAUUGCCCCAACAAUUAACACAGGGUAAAGCACUCAUACACAAAGACUGUUUAUUCAUUUUUAAAAACUGCUUUUGUAAUAACAGCCAAUAGGUGAUUUAUUCUUAUUAAAAAGAAAUCAGUGUUUUUCUCUCACAUGGAUAGUUUUGAAAGUAGGAUUUUGUAAUAAUGGAAUGACACAUUUAACUGAUAAAAAAAUGCUAUCAAAGUUGUGCAUAGAGGUUGUAAAAUAGAAAUAAUGUGAAGAAUAAGGUCACUGUGAUGUUUAAACCGUGCAAGGACACAUUAAAAUGAGAAUUAUUAAACAUGUUGCUCCAUAGUGUGUACAUAAAGGUAUGGCAGCUUUGGUUUAACUUGGUAUUCACUAAUAAUGUUUGACAAUGUAGAUUAAAAUAACAGUUUAUUUCAUGUGUACAGUAGUAUUUGAGGAUUAAUGGGCACUACCUUAACGUUACAGCUACUGCACCACCACCUGGGUGUCAAAUGCACUAAAGAAAGACGGCAUUUUAUUGGACGACCCAGAUUCCCAGCAUUUUGAUCUAGAAAAUGGAGGCUGUGUCAGGUCAAAACACUGCAUAACCUCUCAGCUGGGGCAACAUGUAAGCUGCACAGGUGUGUGGAGUUUAACCUGCAAAGAGGACUGGAGGCUAGUGGGGCUGCCUCCUGUGGACUCUAUAACUCCUGUGUUCAGCUCUGUUAAAUAAAUUGUGCUCAUUAUGAAGAGUUUUCUUAUCUCAAGCCGAGACAGAAAUUGAUGUAUCCCUUUAAACCAGGACAUAAGGUGCCCCUAACUUUUAUAAUGCUAUUUCUUAUACCUGUGUCUACAGUGAGGAAGAAACCUUCAGUAUACCAAUCCUGGAAGUCUAUUUUAAAGAACUCACAACAUGCAACAAGUAAAGGCAGUUAUAUAACUUUAAUUAUUCAAGUAUUUGUUCUUUAAUAUAAAAAACAUACAGUAUAUAACAACAACCCCUGGAGGGAUAGAUGCUUUCACAGUAAAUGUCACAUUAGCUCAUAAUACUACAAAACUUCAGAAAAAAGAAAACAUUUGGCCAUGAAAGCCACAUUUUUCUGAGACACGAUGAUUUCCUCACGAUGUCAGUAGCAGUGCUUCAAUAAUCACCGAUAUGCAAGUUACAUAUGCUAAUACAUCCAGUCUGUAAUGAUCUUAGCUACGGUAAAACUCAUACUCACAGGUUGUGAUGCUGUGUUUUUCUGAUGUGUGGAGGAGUUGAUGAUCUGAAAUAGACUUACUGCCUACAUGAAAAACGAGAGCAGCAGCUGGAGUAAUGAGGAGCUGGUAGCUUAGAAACACAUUUACCUCCAGUAACAAAAAUGUCAAAAAUGGGAGAUUAAAACAAAAUGCAUCUUUAAAAAUUAUUCAGAGGCGGUGAAAUGUAUUGUAAACACAAACAUGAGGCAAAUUUGUAAGAAAACAUGAUCAUCCAGCAAAUUCAGUUCUGCAGCUUUAUUGUGACUAAUGCUGGAGAACUGCAGCUUAUCUUCAGCUUCAUAUCUGACUGUGUUUGUGAUAAAUAUAAUUAAAGAGGAGCAGCUUGAGCCUUGAUUUAAUGUUAUCACUGCAGAGAGGCUGCUUGGGUUGAUAACAGAAGAUUUUCUCCUCUCAAGAACACUUGUUUCUUUUGUAAAUAACGCUUCCUUGACUGUAUACUAUUAUAGAUAUUUUACUGCAAUUUAAUACUUUAUCGAUUACAGCACAGAAAUUUCCCUCAGGCUUGCACUCCUGUGGGAAAUCAGGGUGCUGAGUCAGCAGCUGGAACAGAGUCUGUGUCUUGCUCAAGGACACUUAAACAGGACAAAAGGUUUCAUUGAGAGGGCUCGAACUAAAAUCAAUUUAACCUGUUAGGCCACAUGUUAUGAUAUACAAUAUGUAACGUUGAUUGACUUUAUGCUGCCUGUAGUGGAGUCCUUGAGGAAAAAUGAGCUUCAGAAACACCACAUUGAAACGAUGCAUGAGAAUACACGCUUUACAAGCCUCAUGCAGGCAUUAACAAUCGUGAGGUGUGAUCAGCCGAGACAGAAGAAGGCUGAAAGUUCAUGAAACAGCUGUCAUAAAAUAGCAUAGAGCGUAUAAAUGAUGCAUGGCCCGACAGCUCCCCAAAAGUGAAGCCAAAACCUCUCUGAUGCCCUGGAGGUGAGCAGGGGUAACCAUUAUAAACAGAGACACUUCUGUCUUCUAACCUGCUUACAAAGACUUGAGACUGUCCUUUCCGAGGACUGCACCAACCUUUAUAACAUUUGCCACAUGGUUUGUCACAGUGUUUUGAACAAAUGUCAACGUAUGGGUUUUGAAACAGAAAUGCAAAAUCAGCAGUUAAAUCAUAACAGAGACAAAUGGGAGUAAAAUUUGGUCUCUACACUUAACUUUUAUACUUGGAUGAAACCAGGGUGUACAUUUUUUAAACUCGUCUGGUUUGACUAUGUUAAGGCUGGGAUUUGUGCAUAAACUGAGGCACAAGACUUGAUUUAUGCGACAGAGAAACAAGAGAAUAACCAGGACGAUUUAGGACGGCUCUCCUUCCAUCUGAGUAAUGUCAACAAAGACCCAAUUUCCUGACAGUUAAAAAGAUUAUCUUGCCCU